GGGGCAGGGGGGGAGGCGGGGGGUACACCGAGCAGGCAGGAGGCUACACGCCGAGAGGAGGGGGCUGGAAGACUGAGACGCCUCCAGCCUGAAGGGGCCGGCGGUUUGGCCACAGCACCCCGGACUAGCUAGCUUGUACCUUCGCGGCUAAGUGAAUGGGAUGGAGCCGGGACCGUCUGGCGCUGUGCCCCUGGGGGUCUUCCCCCCACCCCUGCAGCAGGUGUUUCAUGCCCCCCGGCGGCCAGGCAUGGGCACCGUGGGCAAGCCCAUCAAGCUGCUGGCCAACUACUUUGAAGUGGAAAUCCCAAAGAUGGACGUCUAUCACUAUGAGGUGGACAUCAAGCCCGACAAGUGCCCGCGGCGAGUCAACAGAGAGGUGGUGGAGUACAUGGUGCAACAUUUCAAGCCCCAGCUCUUUGGCGACAGGAAGCCGGUGUACGAUGGCAAGAAGAAUAUUUACACCGUCCUAGCGCUUCCCAUUGGGAGUGAGAAGGUGGACUUUGAGGUAACUAUCCCCGGCGAGGGCAAGGAUCGAAUAUUUAAGGUUUCCAUCCGCUGGCUGGCCAAGGUGUCAUGGCGGCUGCUACAGGAAACUCUCGUCAGCGGCCGGCUGCAGGUCCCCCUCGACUCGGUUCAAGCCCUGGAUGUGGCGAUGCGCCACUUGGCCUCUAUGAGGUACACUCCAGUGGGUCGCUCGUUCUUCUCCCCUCCUGAAGGAUACUACCACCCACUAGGUGGGGGGAGGGAGGUCUGGUUCGGCUUCCAUCAGUCCGUGCGUCCCGCCAUGUGGAAGAUGAUGCUUAACAUCGAUGUGUCUGCCACGGCCUUCUACAAAGCCCAGCCUGUAAUUGAGUUCAUGUGUGAGGUUUUGGACAUUCGCAACAUCGAUGAGCAGCCCAAGACUCUGACAGACUCGCAGAGAGUUCGCUUCACAAAGGAGAUCAAAGGCCUGAAGGUUGAGGUGACGCACUGCGGACAGAUGAAGAGAAAGUAUCGAGUAUGCAACGUCACCAGACGUCCUGCCAGCCAUCAAACGUUUCCCCUGCAGCUUGAAAGCGGGCAGACGGUAGAAUGUACAGUGGCCCAGUACUUCAAGCAGAAGUACAACUUGCAGCUUAAAUACCCCCACCUACCUUGUUUACAAGUCGGACAGGAGCAAAAGCACACCUACCUGCCCCUGGAGGUGUGUAACAUUGUAGCCGGUCAGCGGUGCAUCAAGAAGCUGACAGAUAAUCAGACCUCCACUAUGAUUAAAGCCACAGCUCGCUCUGCCCCCGACAGGCAGGAGGAGAUCAGCAGGCUGAUGAAGAACGCCAACUUCAACCUGGACCCGUACAUCCAGGAGUUCGGGAUCAAGGUGAAGGACGACAUGGCCGAAGUGACGGGCAGGGUGCUGCCAGCGCCGAUUCUGCAGUACGGAGGACGGGUAAACGCAGCUCAUUUUGUCGGUAGUUUCACUAAACCUCGGUUUUGGGUUAAACGGCUGCUCCUCCGGGUUUCCCCCCCUCAACAGAACCGGGCCAUUGCCACCCCCAACCAGGGAGUGUGGGACAUGAGGGGGAAGCAGUUUUACAACGGCAUCGAGAUCAAAGUGUGGGCCAUCGCCUGCUUCGCCCCACAGAAGCAGUGCAGAGAGGAGGUGCUCAAGAACUUCACAGACCAGCUGCGUAAAAUCUCUAAGGAUGCCGGAAUGCCGAUCCAGGGCCAGCCGUGCUUCUGUAAAUACGCCCAGGGAGCCGACAGCGUGGAGCCCAUGUUCAGACACCUGAAGAACACCUACUCUGGACUUCAGCUCAUCAUUGUCAUCCUGCCUGGAAAGACUCCCGUCUAUGCGGAGGUGAAACGUGUGGGAGACACUCUCCUCGGCAUGGCCACGCAGUGUGUCCAAGUCAAGAAUGUGGUAAAGACGUCGCCUCAGACCCUCUCCAACCUCUGCCUAAAGAUCAACGUGAAGCUGGGAGGAAUAAACAACAUCCUGGUCCCUCACCAACGGUCAGCUGUGUUUCAGCAGCCGGUUAUCUUCCUGGGGGCGGACGUCACGCACCCUCCAGCUGGAGAUGGCAAGAAGCCCUCCAUUACUGCUGUGGUAGGCAGUAUGGACGCCCAUCCCAGCAGAUACUGUGCCACGGUGCGUGUCCAGAGACCCAGGCAGGAAAUCAUCGAGGACUUGUCCUACAUGGUGCGGGAGCUGCUCAUCCAGUUCUACAAGUCGACCCGCUUCAAGCCCACCAGGAUCAUCUUCUACAGAGACGGGGUUCCAGAGGGACAGUUGCCUCAGAUUCUUCACUAUGAGCUUCUGGCCAUCAGAGACGCGUGCAUAAAGCUGGAGAAGGAUUACCAGCCCGGCAUCACCUACAUCGUGGUGCAGAAGCGCCACCACACACGCCUCUUCUGUGCCGACAAAUCUGAAAGGAUUGGGAAGAGUGGGAACAUACCUGCAGGGACUACCGUGGACACCAGCAUCACUCAUCCCUUUGAGUUCGACUUCUACCUGUGCAGCCACGCAGGCAUACAGGGCACCAGCCGCCCGUCUCAUUACUACGUCCUAUGGGACGACAAUCGCUUCACGGCAGACGAGUUGCAGAUUCUAACAUACCAGUUGUGCCACACGUACGUUCGCUGUACCCGCUCCGUCUCCAUCCCGGCACCGGCCUACUACGCUCGGCUUGUGGCCUUCCGUGCCCGCUACCAUCUGGUGGACAAAGAACACGACAGCGGGGAGGGCAGCCACGUGUCGGGUCAGAGCAACGGCCGGGACCCCCAGGCUCUGGCUAAAGCUGUCCAGAUUCACCACGACACCCUGAGGACCAUGUACUUCGCCUGAGCUCCACCAGCCGUCGCCGUCGCUCCCUUUUUCCACCUCAUUUCUACCUGAGCGGGCGCAAAGCCCACUCCCACCUCAUCCCCAUCCCUUACUCCCAACAACUGCCCACUACACACACACACACUCCACAGACACGCCAGCAAGUCUGCUUCAAUCAAAAAAAAACAACACAACACCACCCCCCCUGUAAACACAGGCUGAGUCUGCAGCCUCAUGCACUCGAAAGGUUUUGAAUAUUGUUGUUGUCUUCUUCUUUUUUUUUUUUUUUUUACUUUAUCAGAACAGUUCCAUCUUUUUAGGUUGAAUUUUUAAUAAGUGAAUAUUAUUAUGUAAUUGUAUUGUAUGCUACCUUCACACUCCUGUCAAUAUAAGUAUGCAAUAGGGAUAGGAGGAAAAAUAGGCGCUAGAAAGGAGGAAAAAUAUGUUUUUUUUGUUGUUGUUUUUUUUUUUUUUUUACUGCCGCCAUAAUGCUGCCUCUACCCAUCCGGAAAGCCGGAUGCCAGUGUUCAAAGCCCCGUAAGGUUGGGGAGCCUCCAGAUGGGCGGUACUGAGCACGCACACUUAUAUCUAUCGUUUUUUUUUUUUUUAUAUUAUUACUUCAAGACCUACAUUUAUGUUUUUAAUUUUUGAUGAAAUGUUUUUGUAAAACAGCCUUGAGGAGCCUGAGAUAUGGUACAUUAGCACUUAGUGUUAGCAAUGUAGGUGCCGCCAGUCCUGCACAGAAAGAGCUCGUUAGUUCUUCGGUUCAGCGGCGACAGACGGCAGCGGCUGUAGCUAGUGUAGACGCAGGAGAGAGGCGCCGCCGCACUCUCGGUCCUGAUUGGCCAGUCCCUAGAGAUUUAGCCUGUAGACGCAAGCCUGGCGUAACACUAGAGGGACCAUUCGCAUAGAGUGUAUCAAAUAUACCUGCACCCCAUGCACCUAAACCAGCAUUAUUAACCAGCCAAAAGUGACGCCAACCAAUGAAAAAAGGGGGGCACUUAAACAGGAAGAUAAUCUUUUACUCCUGUAUUCAUUGCUCUUUAAGGAUUCAUGAGGCACUUUUUUUUCUCUUCUUCCUUUUUUUGUUUACGUACCGAUUUAUUUGACAAAAUGAUGAACUUUGAGACUUGAGAGCCCACGGCAAACUUUCACUCCCGCACUUGCGUUGCUCGCAGAACAAAGGCGACGUGCAAGGUCAACACUAUCCUGGAGGUUCGAAAGCGCGGGAACAAAAGUACCGCGACGGCUCAAGUGCCGCCAAAAGCUGAACGACGCGGCGCGUUCCGGCUUUUCGAUCGACAGCAUUCUCGUCAUACCUGCACACACACACAUACACGCCUAUCUUCCGUCUGUCCUGCUCUUCCCACUGCAGGCGUUUACAUAUCACAGCCCGGAAAGCAGAAGCACACACACAAACUGAGCUCUCGGUUUUCUGUCUCAGCCUGCAGAGGAAAAACAACGGCCCAAAUGCACUCGUCUCAUCUCCCGUUCCGGCCAAGCAGUCGCUCACUCGCCCGGCCUCUAUAACGUCGCUCCUUCCUCGCCAGCCGUUUUUUUUUUUUCUCCCACUUUUCAGGCAUUACAGUUAUUCAGCGUCCUCUGCCCCAAUCCCCUGGUCUGUGUUUGCCAAAUUUCUAUUGGUGCUCUGUGUGCAUGGGCGGCACGGACAGGGAAUUUGCUCAUUGGACAGGGUGGGCCCCCUAUUCCUGCUACUUAAUACGCCCUGCCUUUUACAUCGUGUAAUUCUCUGGAUUUAUGGGGGGGGGGGGGGGGGAAAAAAAAACAAAUGCAUGUAAUUAUUUUUUAUUGACUGGAUAUUCUGAGCCACCUUACUUUUUGGUUUUCUUAGAGGUAGGAGCCUCGCGCUCACCACUGCCUGUCUGUUGUUUUUGCCUCGACUGUGUAAUGGUUAUAAAGACUGCUUAUUUUUUUUUAUUUUUUUUUGUCAUUAUGAAUAUCGUGACUAUUGUCAGUGUGUUUCCUGAAGAGGGCACCGCGGAGACGGUCUCAAAAAAAUUCCACUUCCGCAGCCCUCGAAGCGCCUCAAACCUCGUCUGGCGCCCCCCUUUUAGACGUCGACAGGGAUCACGGAAAAAAGCGAUCAGACGAGUUUGAUUU